GUUUAAUGAAAGAGAGGAUAAAAAUGGGUUGGGCUACAAUGACAUUUAUAACGUUGCAUUGAUGACUAUGCACUACCUGAUGCGUUCCAAAGAUUCCGAGCUGUAAUUUUAUAUGAGCAUUUAAUAAAACGAACAAAUAUACACACGACCUGUGUCGUGAUCAUCCAGAACUAUCAGCAGACAGAUUGUUAGGUUAUGUCGUGUCGAGGUCACCUAAAUCGGAUUAAUUUUACGCAAUAGAGAGGAUGCAACGAAAUUGUUUGGCCACAGGCGCCUCAGGACUGCGUAUCAACUGUUAGUUACACGAUGUGUACCGCGGACGCGUGGAGAAUUGCAAAAACUACGAAUUAUGGGAUUUUACCUCGAAUUAUGGCGUUCAGGCGACAGCGGACGGACGGGUUACGCACAGCGCUACGAACGAAUUCGUCUGCCGCCUUUACAGAUCAAAGUGAUUCGUGUACAGCUUAUAACUCAACUAUCCGGCAGUUAAUCAUGGAAUUGGAGAAUUGUAAUUUGCACGGGGAUCACAUUCCCACAACACCCCAACACGAAAAUGAUCCUAGCGGAAAUAAAAAGUGGUAUCGACAAGCUAGUCAAAGAAUUUUUGUAAACCGUAGCCUUCAUUUAGAAAAUAUCAAAUUCUAUGGAUUUGACAUGGAUUAUACAUUGGCUGAAUACAAAUCACCACAAUACGAGCAAUUGGGUUUUACACUGUUAAAAGAUCGUCUAGUAUCACUAGGAUACCCACAUGAAAUUAAAGCAUUCGAAUAUGAUCCUAGUUUCCCAGUGCGAGGAUUAUGGUUCGACACGCUUUAUGGAAAUCUCCUUAAGGUAGACGCCUAUGGGAAUAUCCUAGUUUGCGUUCACGGAUUCGAAUUUUUGAAACAUUCACAAGUAUACGAGCUUUAUCCAAAUAAAUUUUUACAAUUAGAUGAAUGCAGGGUAUACGUGCUCAAUACAUUGUUCAAUCUUCCUGAAACAUAUUUAAUAGCCUGUUUGAUAAACUUUUUUACGAAUUCACCGCAAUACACGCGAGAAAAAACAGGAGUGAAAGAAGGAGAGCUCACAAUGAGUUUCAAAAGCAUCUUUCAAGAUGUACGAAAUGCUGUAGACUGGAUACACCUUCAUGGUGAUUUAAAAACAAAAACUAUUGAAAAUUUGGAUGAAUACGUAAAGAAGGACAAGAGGUUGCCCAUGUUUCUUAAUAGGAUUAGAGAAAGUGGGGCGAAAGUAUUUCUUUUAACAAAUAGUGAUUACGUUUUUACUGAUAAAAUUAUGACUUAUCUUUUCGAUUUUCCACAUGGUGCAAAGCCUGAUGAACCACAUAGAAAUUGGAAAACAUAUUUUGAUACUAUCGUAGUUGAUGCUAGAAAACCAUUAUUUUUCGGUGAAGGAACAAUUUUACGGCAAGUAGAUACUAAAACUGGAGCAUUGAAACUUGGUACACAUAAAGGCCCACUUCAUACAGGAGAAGUUUACUCAGGAGGAUCGUGUGACGUAUUCACUGAAUUGAUAGGUGCAAAAGGAAAAGAUGUAUUAUAUGUCGGUGACCAUAUUUUCGGUGAUAUUUUAAAAAGUAAAAAGAUCAGAGGGUGGAGAACAUUUUUAAUAGUACCUGAAUUGGUGCAAGAGCUUCACGUUUGGACCGACAAAUGUCAAUUAUUUGCUGAGUUACAGAACUUAGACGUUAUGCUAGGAGAAAUGUACAAAAAUUUAGAUAGCAGCACAAAAGAAAAACCUGAUAUUUCCAAACUACGUGCAUCUAUAAGAGACGUUACGCACAAAAUGGAUUUAUCUUAUGGAAUGAUGGGUUCAUUAUUCCGUAGCGGGAGUAGGCAAACUUUUUUCAGUAGUCAAGUAGUAAGGUAUGCUGAUCUUUACGCGGCAACUUUUUUAAACCUCAUUUAUUAUCCAUUCUCGUACAUGUUCCGAGCUCCUGCUAUGUUGAUGCCUCACGAGAGUACAGUAGCUCAUGAACAACGAUUUGUUAUGGAAACACCAAUGAUUAGUCGAUCUCGGACUUUCAAACUUACAGAUGAAGAAGAAGAACAGAAUAUACCUACAAAAACCUUGUUCGUGGAGUGUCCUAAUAAUCAAAUACCACAUGCAAGGCCUGAAACUCCGCGUAAUGUAACGCAUACACACGAUGAAGAUUGUAGCGAUGAAGAUAGCGACUCUCAGAAACAAGCAAACCAUGUAAGAUCGUGUACAAGGAAUUCCAAUUGCAAAUGA